CUGCCGCCCGCCACCCGCCGCUUGCCGCCCGCCGCCCGCUUGGCGCCCGCUAGCUCCGUCGCCGCACCUCAGCCCGGACGUCCGCAGCCCAGGGAGCCAGGCGGCGGCGCCCUGUGCCCAGGGCGCGUCCGGCCGCUCCUCGCCGCGGGCCGCCCGGGGACGUGUGGGCGCCGAGGGCGCUUGGGCUCUGAGCACUGCGGGGCUGCGGGCUCGGCGCCCCGGGGAGGCGGGCGCGUGGCCGCCAGAGCGAGUGCCCCAGCCAGCUGCGAUCGCGGGAGACCGUCCGUUUCCCCGGAGGGAGUCGCGAAUUCAGGCCCCGGGAAGUGGGCGAGGACAGGAUUUGGGGUGCGCACUGACUCUCCUUGGAGGAGACGUUUACCCAGCGGCAGCUCGGUCUCGUUUCGCUACCACGCCAGGCUUCCGGUCAGAGGAGGGUUUUCUCCGUCUCUUGGUGAACUUGAACGGAGGCUCGGCAACGGCGAAACGUUUCUGAGCCAGGAGAUGAGAGUAACUAGAGCUCAGGGAUGACAAGGUUCUGCAGCUGCGGGGCCCAGAGGCGAGAGAUAAAUGAUGAUGUCCUUUGAGCACCCGCUGGAAACUGGGCAGGAGGGACAGUAACCCCAGGAGAGCGUAGGCCUUGCAGGGACGCGGGGAUGACGCCUCUGGAGGCCCCAGCCUCCCUCCCGCCUGGGUGGUAGGAGCCUUCCCCGGGCUCCAGCCUGGAGCCCUGCUGCUCAGGGGCAUGGCCAAACCUUUCUUUCGACUCCAGAAGUUUCUCCGUCGGACGCAGUUCCUGCUCUUCUUCCUCACGGCCGCCUACCUGAUGACCGGCAGCCUGCUGCUGCUGCAGCGGGCCCGCGUGGGCCUCCCGCCUGGCCCCCGGGCGCCCGGUCCCCUGCAGGCCUUGCCUGUGGCCGCCGUGGCGCUGGGUGUGGGCCUGUUGGACAGCCGAGCCCUGCACGAUCCCCGGGUCAGCCCAGAGCUGCUGCUUGGCGUGGACGUGCUGCGGGGCCCCCUGGCCAGGCCCCGGCCUGGCCCCCGCUGGCUCCGCAGCCGCAACUCGGAGCUGCGCCAGCUGCGGCGCCGCUGGUUCCACCGCUUCAUGGGAGACUCGCAGGGGCCGCCUGCCCUGGGCCCAGAAGCCCCCAGGCCAGCCACCAGCAGCCGAGGCACAUACGUGGGGUGCUUCAGUGACAAUGGCCAGGAGAGGACUCUGAAGGGGGCCGUGUUUUUCGACUUGAGAAAGAUGACCGUCCCCCACUGCCAGGAUGCGUGCGCUGAGCGGUCCUACCUUUAUGCCGGCUUGGAGGCGGGGGCUGAGUGCUACUGUGGGAACCGGCUCCCAGUGGUGAGCGUCGGGCCAGAGGAGUGUAACCACGAGUGCAAAGGGGAGAAGAGCUCUGUGUGCGGGGGUGUGGGCCGGCUCUCCGUGUACCGCGUGGAGGAGCUGCAGCCCAGCUCGCGGAAGCGGAGGACUGUCACGUACCGGGGCUGCUUCCGACUGCCAGGGAAUGUCACACAUGCCUUCGCCGACUCCCUGGUACAGGCCAACGUGACAGUGGAGACGUGCUCGGGGUUCUGUUCCCAGAAAGAGUUCCCCUUGGCCGUGCUCAGGGGCUGGGAGUGCUACUGUGCUUACCCCACCCCCCAGUUCAACCUGCGGGAUGCUGUGGACAGCUCGCUGUGUGGCCAGGAGUCCGAGGCACAGAGGCUCGCAGAGUACUGUGAGGUCUACCAGACCCCCGUGCAAGACACCCGGUGCACAGACCGGAGGUUCCUGCCCACCAAAUCCAAAGUGUUCGUGGCUCUGUCGAGCUUCCCAGGAGCCGGGAACACGUGGGCGCGGCACCUCAUCGAGCACGCCACCGGCUUCUACACAGGGAGCUACUACUUUGACGGAACUCUCUACAACAAAGGGUUCAAGGGCGAGAAGGACCACUGGCGGAGCCGGCGCACCAUCUGCGUGAAGACCCACGAGAGUGGCAGGAGAGAGAUUGAGAUGUUCGACUCGGCCAUCCUGCUGAUCCGGAACCCAUACAGGUCUCUGGUGGCUGAAUUCAAUAGGAAGUGUGCCGGGCACCUGGGCUACGCUGCUGACCGGAACUGGAAAAGCAAAGAGUGGCCAGACUUUGUCAACAGCUACGCGUCGUGGUGGUCCUCGCACGUUCUGGACUGGCUCAAGUACGGCAAGCGGCUGCUGGUGGUGCACUAUGAGGAGCUGCGGCGCAGCCUGGUGCCCACGCUGCGGGAGAUGGUGGCCUUCCUCAAUGUGUCUGUGAGUGAGGAGCGCCUGCUCUGCGUGGAGAACAACAAGGAGGGCAGCUUCCGGCGGCGCGGCCGGCGCCCGCAGGACCCGGAGCCCUUCACCCCGGAGAUGAAGGACUUGAUCAACGGCUACAUCCGGACCGUGGACCAGGCUCUGCGUGACCACAACUGGGCGGGGCUGCCCCGGGAGUAUGUGCCCAGAUGAUAGGCCCCGCCCUCUGUGCCCUCCCCGCUGGGAGCCACGCCCCCACGGGGCUGCGCACGCUCAGAUGCUAGGCGGGGCCUCUCGGGGAUCCUUGGAUGGAAGCUUCUUUGUCUGGUGUGGCGAGGCCCGCACUGGGGCUGCCUCCCUCCCGUGCAAGGAGAUCUGGACCCAAGCCCCAGUCAGGAGGACCCGAAGUCACAGGACAGACGCAAAAGAACACACACUCCUGGCCAGACCCGCCUAGACCUGCCACUCACCCGCUCACAGUGCCCUAUCAACGCGCCUAAACCACCACCCUGGGUGUGCCAGGCGCUCCCAGACUCGGAGACGCCAAUGUCGAUGCAGGCACGCAGACGCCGGGUUAUGUGUUCCUAGGGGCUGCCUGUCUGACACACAGACACAUGCAGCCCAGGCUCUGGGAGGCUGCAGGUUUCCUGUUUCCAGCCCGGUGCAGACUUGCUGGUCAGGGCACUUGGCUGUGGCAUGCUGGGCUCUGAGCAGCAAGGGCCCGGCCUGGAGAUGGGCUUGCAGACGGUGGCUGCCGGGCUAGGCACUCCUGCCCGCGCCUCUGCAUCCCAGUGUGUGUGGUGUGACGCCAGGCACCGCCAGUUCUGCAGCCCAGCCUCUCCCUUCUCUGCGGAUGAGCUGGUGGCCCCACGGGCAGAGUGGAACCGCCCCCCCCCCCCAACACACACACUCCGACCUCAGGACCAGCUGCAAGCUCUGUGCACCCCUCACCACCCUAAUAUCAGCGCUCUUGGGAGUAGCAGCUCAUUGGCUGGCUUCUUUCUCUGACUGUCCCCGUAAAGCUGGGUAUUUGCGCCGUACCACAGAAGCAGAGGGUGAGGAGAGGCUGGGCCUCGGGGGGGCAGAUAGGGGGGUGUCGUUGGAUCCUAGGGGCCUACUGGUAGGAGGGGGGCUGGGUGUACAGGGGCAGACCCAGGAAGGGUGAGUCUGAGGGUCAUGGGCUGAUUGUUCCACACAUCUUGACAGGUCCCUGCUCUACUUGCGGUCCGUCCUUGGGGUGGUGAGGAAGGAGGUGGCGUGGCCAUCAACAAGCCUGGGGAGAGAGGCAGUGGCGGCACCUUCUGCCUGACCUCCUGACCCAGCCCUCUCAGUCCUCUCUUACCCACCCCCUACUCCCUGUCACUGGGCCUCUUUGUCAUACCCUGUCUCUCUUUCUGUGGCGUUGACCUCUUUCCCCCUUGUUCAUCCAGAAAGGGAAAGGUUGGAGUUCCCUGGUUGUCUAGAAGUUAAUGAUCCAUUGUUGUCACUGCUGAGGCUCAAGUUCGAUUCCUGGCCCAAGAUCUUCCACAGGCCAUGGAUGUGACUUAAAAGGGGUGGGGCACUUGCAGGUGGUGAAGCCUGCUGUGUCCAAGCCUACAGGCCUCCUGAGGAGAUGGGACACCUGAGGCCCCCUCCCGCUAUGGUCUAGAGGGGUGGGGGAGGGGUUGUCACAAAUGAGAGAGAAACCCGGUAACAGAGGAGUGUGUGUGCUGUGCGGGCUCAGGGGGUCAGCCUGUGUGCAUGGGGUCUUUAGAAAAUGCAUCACAGGCUAUGAAGUGGUCUAGAGGAAUCUGCAGAAAUUCUUGCAGCAAAGCAGAGGGGAAGGAUAACAAAGUAGGUGAAUGGAUGUGGGGCACGUGUCUGAGUCGGUGCAGCAGGAAGAUGGGAGUGGGCAGGUGAGGACGGGAGGAACACAGAAGGGGACUCUCUUAUAGCCACUGAGUGCGCAGCCUGGAGGGGCAGAGGUGCUGAUGCUAACUGCCUUCUGGGUCACCCUUUGCUUCGUGUCUUGGGAGGGCUGUGGAGAGCUAAGCUGUACACUGACCCCUGCAAGGGAGGAAGGUGGGUGGACUUGAACUUGGGCAGCCCCUGCGCCCCUCUGCAGUUUCUCCAGGCCCAGGGUGACCUCAGCUGGGGUCCACUGGUUUGACCUUCCCUCAGCCUGAGCCAAACACGUCAGGAGGAGAAAUCAGGGUGAGGGGUUUAGGAAAGCCGGGGGUGGGAAUGUCUGACCUCACCCACAGGGAGUUUCUACGUUGCCUUGGAAUUGGGGGCAGAGGUUACCUGUGUCCCAGAGCACAAGCGUCUCAAAGGAGACAGCAGCACUGAGUGAUGGAGAAGAAGGAAGCUGGCCUCCUCCGGAGAUGAGCUCCCAGCCUCUGGUCCUCACUCUCCUGGCUACCCAGACCAUCUCCGGGGCAGACUCAGAUGCCAAGGAGGCUGUGGAGAGAAGAGGAGAGGCUGGAGGACUGACAGGGACCACAAACAGGGCAUGGCCCCCCUGGGUUUCCCCCCUGCCCCACCCCCAGGGUCAGGAGAACAGCAACACUAGCCCCAUCCUCCUGGUAGAUAGAUGGCUAUGUUCCCCGCUGCCUAGAUACCUCCUCUCCUUCCAGCUGCAGUGCCACCUGCUCCGAUGGCCUUGUAGUUUAUGGUGCACCUUAGCCAGGCAUGCAGACGAGUGGGAUGAUGGGAUCAUCCAAGAUGAGUCAGUCCACAUGGCAAGGCACCCAGCAUUUGGCACUGCUCCCAGACCAGCUUUGGGUGAGUGAGGAGAUGCUAAGGCCCUGUGAGCUGAUGGUUCUCAGCAGCUGUUACCCUGUUCCUGGGAUGCACAGGAGGACAAUUUCUUUGUCCUUUUGGGAAAAUCCACUUAUCUCUGCAAGUUGAGUCUCAUCUCUAACUCCCAGUUUCCCCGUAAAGAGGAUACUGUCCCAACCAGCCAAGGACUACAAGAGGCUCUGGGUGUGACAGAUACAUCAGGAACAGUCAGGCUAGAACAGGGAAACCCUGCUUGUCUACAGAUUCCAACUUUAAUAGCAAGGCUGGGGAGUUACACAAACCUAUGUUAAAACAUGUAAUUUUUAUGGAUUUCAACUUCCAUUGUGGAUCAAUUUGGAAAAACCAAAAUAUAUAAUUUCAAAAAACUAAAACUCAUUCUGAUAGUCCCAGUGAUGUGUAAAUGAGAGAGAAGAAUAGACAGGCUUCUAAACCCUGGGAAGAAAACUGCUUAAUUAUGUGAGCAUCUUAUAAUGAAGUCUCUUGCAGCUAAAAUUAGAUUUCGAGUGCAUGAAUAUGCGAUAACGUUUGCACACCAGAAUGCAUUUUUCCCCUUAAAAGUAGCAGGAGCUACUGGGUUCUUAGGGGCCCCCAAGAGGGGAGAUGGAAUUACUGGGGUUGAUUGUGGCUGCAAGAACUCAGCCAAGGUACUGGGGCUAAGGUUUGUUUUCUUUUGGUUGGAAAUUUGUCGGAUGUGUUUGAAAUGUGAUGCCUCUGAAGCAGCUCAUUAAGGUUUCAGGGGAAGUCGAUUGGUCUGAACCCACUCUGAGGACUACUCGAUACUGGGCAAGUUGGCCUCAACAAGGUCGAAGUCGAGUGGAGAGGAAAUAGUAUAGGGUCUGCAGAUGGAAGGGGUGGGUCGUGGUCUCAGCUCUGCUCUGCUGUGAUCUUAGACAAAACCUUUUCCCUCUCUGGUCUCAGUUUCCCAUCUAUAAAAUGAGAGAUGAGCUGGAGGUUGCUGGUCCCAUCCCCAACAUUCAUUCCCCCAUUUCCUUUCCCAGCAGCUCCUGAUGUCUGUUUGGGGACAGGGGCUUGGGACGUAUGAUCUGCUGGAAUUGUCUCUAUCAUUAUUCCACGUUGGGACCCAUGGCCUGGACGAAGCCCACACCACAUCCCAUCUGUCUGGCUACAGUGAGUUUCCAGGUACAGUCAUGUGAACUAAGGCAAUGGAGCCAGCGGAAUUUCAAAACUUUUCUGGGACUAUUGGGUAAAGAUACCUUUGACCCACCCUACUGGAUGUGAACAAAGAACUAGGUAAUUCUGGGUCUUGAUGGUGGCCAUCUGGGGACCAUGGCGGGGAACCACUCCCAACACAAAGCUGACAACUGAAAGGAGAGUCAGGAGGUGGAAGGAGACCAGGCCCUUGGUGACACUGUCAAGGACAGGAUCAAGCUCUGCCUGUGAUCGGCCCUACUUCUGGAUGGUUGUGUUACAUCAGCCAGUAAAUUCUCUUUGUUGUUUGGGUUGGGUUAAGUUUGGCUUCUCUUAAUUACAGCCCAGAGCAGUGUACAAAGGGUUUUGAGUUCUCACAUUCUCUGUCUCUAUGAAGUAGGUAAAGAUGGAGACUCAGAAAAGAAUGAGCUAUAGGAUGAGGAAGUUCUUUGUGCAGGAAUGGGGGUGGGUGUGAAAUGCUAGUAGGAAGCUGUGUUCUGUCAACCAGGACAAGUAGCAUUUUUAAGUCAGUACAUGAAGUCACUGAAUAUCCUUAGAAAAUCACUCCUUUCAAUUACCCAGCCCAGAACAUAAGUUGUCUCAUUUAAUCCUUAAUCAGCACUAUGUUAUUUUUUUUUUUCUUUUCACAAUUGCACCUGCAGAAUAUGGAAGUUCUCAGGCUAGGGGUUGAAUCAGAGCUGCAGCUGCGGGCCUGCACCACAGCCACAGCAAUGCCAGAUCUGAGCCACAUGUGCAACCUACAUCACAGCUUGAGGCAAUGCCAGAUGCUAAACCCACCAAGGGAGGCCAGGAAUUGAACUCACAUCCUCACAGACGCUAUGUCGGGUUCUGUUUACCAUGGUUCUGUUCUAUUUCCUGUAACUCCCUUCCUGGAGAAAAUAAUGUCAUGUGGAAGGAUGCCUUGAUAAGGUACUUGGAUUGGGAGUGAGACCUCCUUCAAGGGACAUGUUCAAAUGACAGCUGAUGGGCAGUAAACUGCCUUUGAAGGAGGGUGAGUAGGGUUAACCCUACCACUUUGGUUUUGCUGAGAGAGACAUGCAAGCUUGGGGCAGAGCAGAAUUGCUACCAUUGGCGGAGAAGUGGGGUGAUGCCCCUGAGAAUUCCUCUUCUCUUUCUUAACCUCUUUAACCCUACUGCUUGCUAAAAACUGGAGGGACAAAGGGAGUUAUAUGUGGCCCCUAACUUUAAACUCUCCUUGGAAAGUCUAACUAUAAUCCAGAGGUCUAUACAAUAUGUAGAGAAAGCCAAGAGUCUCAGGAAAUCAAUGUGAGUCUAUCUGUCACCAGUGCUCCUUAUUGUGACUGAAGAUGGAUUUGGGCCACUCCUGAGAACUUGUACGAUGCAAAAACAUUGCAGAAAUCUUGGUUCCUUCCAUGGGACCUGUGAGCCCAAAUAACAAGCAUAAUUGCUUAUAUAAAAUAAGGACUCUUGAUACCAAACAAAUACAACAAUUCCAGCUGAUGCUGGAAGCAUACACAUGAGUUGAAUGAUUUAACUUUCCAAGGUGUCAUCAGGACUUGAGAUGUUCUUUUCACAUGGAGACAUCUGCAGAGGCAGGUCUAUGGUGUAAUGCAAUAGCCAGUGAUGACCAAUAACAGUAAAUAGUGUUCUCACAGGUCACAAAGUUCCACAGCCAUCACCCUCAUGUGCCUCAGUGAGGUGGAUCUUAUUUCCAUUUAGGGGGAAAGAAAACUGAGUUUCUGAGACUGAGCUUCUCCAAGUUCAAAUCCUUUAUUUUACAGAGGAGAAAAAAAGCCUGGGAAUGGGGGCGGGUUUCCUCUGAGGUCAGGCUCUGAGGAUGAGUAGGGGAGCUGGGGCCAGAACACAGGCUUAUUCCCUGAAACCACCUGAUUGCCCCUGUACUGCAUUCCUAUAAAUCUUCAAGAAGUUGCUGGAAAUAAGGCAAAUGUGCACAUUCAGCUCAUUUGCAAAAGACCUCAUUCAUUUCAUGGCUAAUUCUUUGCCAGAAUACCAAAAAGUGAGCACCCAAGUUCAAGGUUAAGGGCCAUUUGUCAAGCAUCCUUAGUACUUGAUGACCUGCUCAGAGGGAAUACAACUC